AGGCCAACCUCUUCCCUUGGGAAAGCUCAAGUCGUGCAUCACAGCUUUAUCUCCUGGAGCACACGUCAGUGAGAGGAAGCUGCUGAAAGUCCGAAGAGGUCUAAUGGAUCGGAUGCUAAUCAGCACAGAUCAGCUGCCGUCUGUUCUCCCAGAGAGUCAAACCAUUCAAGAUUCCGGGUAUUUUUCUCUUCUGAAUCAGGAUUUUAAUUGUAGAGGGUUGUUGGACUCAUCAGAACCUCUAAAAACUAUUUUACCGCACUUGUCUCAUGGCCUUACCUCACCGUCAUCCGAGAUCCACUCUGAUCCCAGCCUCAUAGCAGAGACUAAGCACUCAUCCGGGGAUGAGUCACCCACUCUUGAGAGAUUGAUGGCUUCCAACGAGCGUCCUCUGAAGUACAACCAAGAUCGGACAUCCUAUCUAAGGUCUUCGCCGGAUAGCUUGGAGAGUGACACAGGCCGAGACUCUAUGUCGGAACUGUAUAUCUUUGAAAGCAACACACAGGACCUUAUUCUGAGGUCUGAUGCCCAGAUUAAACGCUCAGGAUGGUCGUCUCCCACUGAGAUUAAAGAUGACGAUGUUUGUGUUCCCUUGUGUGAUUCAGCCGAGAGCGUGACACAUAGUCAGGAAUGGCCUAUGUUGGACUUUGAGUCAGACACGAGAGUUCUUAAGCCACCUGCUGAGGCCAACAAUGUCACCCCACAAGGACCGAGGAGCGUCAGUCCUGCAGAGCUAUGGGCGGACGCAUGCCAGUUUCUUGCAGGCGAGGAUCCAGAUAAGACGGAUGUUUUGCCUUCUUCCGUCAGCCACUUAUCCUUGGAAGAGACGCAGGGAUCACGUUACGGCUUUUGUGACGGCAUCGGCUGGACCAGAGAUUGGCCGCCGCCGGUGGAGAGGAGGUCCUCAGUGGAGAGCUGGGCCAGCGCUCUUUCAGACUGCACCAGCAUUUUCUCUACCCCAGCUCAGGAACUCACCGCUGCCUUCUCAGAGAUAGGAGCAGAGAUAGACGCCCUGACCGAGGCGCUAGCGGACAUAAAUCCUUGCACCCACAGGGAAAGAGCAGGGUUGGAUCAGUCCAAGAUGGGAGUCCAAGAUCUGGCGGAGGAACAAACCAUUCAAGAGGAAUCUGAGCAGGGAUGUGUCGCUUUGCAAGGACAAAUGGAAGAUAAUAACGUCCAACCUGUUGACGACUCAACGGACAACAACCAAACGGAACAAAGGGAGAACCCAGAAGACAAUUCUUUGAGUGACGACCAUAAGAGGACUUCCGUAUCAACCGAUGUGGACCUUGCUGACUUUGCCCAGUUUUUUGAGGCAGGCAUUGACAGCCACAAAGAGAUCAUACUGAAGAUAGUGGAGGAUGCAGACUUGAUGGAACAACCUGCACCUGUACAGCUGACAAUCAAACAGCUGUCUGGACAUGGAGUGUCUAAGGUGACAGAGGACUGUAAUGUCCCUCUGGGUCAGGACACCGACGCGAGUGGCGGUUCAGCUGAGGUCGACCGUAAUGGACUUGAAGUUUCAGCAGAUCCUGCGCUGAUUAAUCCCUAUGAGCCCGACACUUUAAUGGAGCGUGACGGAGCUCGCCAGAUGGUGCCGCAGGGAGGGUGUCCAAAGUUUAUUGUACCCAUAGCUCCUCUGGAAAUCAGCUCCGCCCUGGAGUGUCGCAGGGGUAGCUUGGAAGGGGAUGCAACUAAAAGGACUUCCAAUGACCCUCACCCACAAGCUUGGGGUCUUUGGACCAUUUGCGACGAGAUCACGAAAGCAGACAACGAGGUGAGAACUGACGAAGAAGUGAACGCGGUCUGUAGAGAACUUUCAAACACAACUGUUGUUUCGGAGAAGAACCAAGAUGCAAGCACUCGUACGGACGAUCCUGUUGUGACAAAGUCAGCAAAAUCCAUCAAAGUGAAUCAGAAAACAGUGGGAAAGAUGCCUCAAAAAGCAGUGAAGACCCCCACAGAGAGCAAACCUCGUUCCAAGAAAUCAAGCGGUCACCAUCACGGUAUUCCAAAUUCGCUUCAUCUUCUGGGCCAAACGGCCUCCAAACAAAAAGAAACUCCGGGCAAUCAGCCUGUCGCUGUACCCGAGGAGAAGACGGUGGUCAUCGAGAGCACGUUCAUCGAGAAGUCCAAGCCACAUGCUAAGAAGAAAAAGAAACACAGCCAUAACGCGACAGCGGGGAAGAUCAUAGCCAAGCCUCUAGCCGAGAUGGACAAUGGAGUGAAAGCCAAAGGAAGGAUUGAAAUGUUUGAGGCUAAACUCAGUGCAAAAUCUGCCGAUGCCCUCCGGGAGACGUCGGACGCCGUUGAGCAAAAGCAUCCGGAAGAUGUUAAACACGGAGAACGCCAUCCAGGUCUAGAGAGGCUACGCCCCAAAAACGUCCCAACUAACAAAGAUGUCAUCAAAAAACAACGCCUGUCUGAGGAUAGCUUUGGGACCUUUUUGAACAUAGAGCUGACGAAGCCUGGAGCCUCCGUUCAGGCAAAGACGGCGGAGGUUGCCAAGGUGGAUGUUGCCAAGGCGGAUGUUGCCAAGGCGGAUGUUGGGGCGCCUCAUAAGAAGGCGUACAGCGACGUGGUCAAACAAAUAACAAGUACGCCCAACGAAGAGCCCAAGGUGGUGCAGCCCAUCCAGGCGGCGUCUGUGAGCGGAGAUCCGCAGAGUGUCAGUCUUUGGUGUCAGUUCUCGGCCGUCCUGACCGACCACCUGGUCACCUGGAGGAGAGAUGGCACCCUGCUGGCAGAGGUGAAGCGCAGUGCAGGGGACCGGGGUCCGUCCUGUGUCACCAUCAUCGAGGCAUCCCCCAAAGACCUGGGCAAGUACCAGUGUAGUCUCAGGAGCUCUCGUGGUUCCAUCACGCUGGACUACGAGCUCACUUAUGAAGUGCUCCGUGAGAUUGUCAUCCCGCCGUCUCCAAAAACCAUUUCAUCCGUUCCCGCGGAGACCGGCGGCGAGGAAGAAAACGUCCAAUGUUCCAAGCUGAUGUUCAAAGAGGACUUCCUGUCCGAGCAGUACUUUGGGGAGAACCACCCCGUCAGCAUCGUCACGGAGAAAGACCACUUCGGCGAAGGGAUGCACCGGCGGGCUUUCCGGACCAAGCUGCACCGGGGUCAGGUGCCGCUCUUCCUGUCGGGGCACUCGUGCGUCCUCAAAGUGCACACCGCCGUCAGCUGUGGGACCAAGAACAACGAGGAGCUCGUUGAGAGGAACUUCACCUUGGCAGUGGAGGAGUGUCAUGUUCAGAACACGGCCAGGGAGUACAUCAAGGAGUACAUGGUCGCCGCCAAGUCUCUGGAAGCCUUCGGAGAAGUCCCAGAGAUCAUUCCCAUCUACCUAGUUCACCGCCCGUCUAGCGACAUCCCGUACGCCACGCUGGAAGAGGAGCUGAUCGGCGACUUUGUCAAGUACUCGGUAAAGGACGGCAAAGAGAUCAACCUGAUGAGGCGCGAUUCGGAGGCGGGACGGAAGUGUUGCACCUUCCAGCAUUGGGUCUACCAGAGGACGGACGGAAACCUGCUGGUCACUGACAUGCAAGGCGUCGGCAUGAAACUCACCGACGUGGGAAUAGCGACGUGUAAAAAAGGCUACAAGGGCUUCAAAGGAAACUGUGCCACCUCCUUCAUCGAGCAGUUUAAAGUAUUGCACCAGUGUAACUCCUUCUGCGAGAUCCUGGGCCUGGCCUCCCUGCAGCCUAAAGUGGCAAAAAAGGCUUCUUGUGCUCCCAAAACCAAAGCUCAACCUCCAGGAGGAAGCAAAAAGAAAACAUUUGGUCCAUCGCUGAAGGCUAAAUCCUAACAGGAAGACCAGUGUUGAACUCUCAAGUCUUAGAUUCACAGUUUUGUUUUUUUGUUUUUUUACAUUUAGUGAUGUUUUCCAGCUGUUAAGUUCAUUAAAUUAAUGAGCUUGUUAAUUAACUUUUUGGAGGAAACAUCUCUGAUUGUGUAACAUAUGUUGGAGGACAUCAAUGUGGACUCUUUGAUGUGUUCAUGUUUGUUUCAUGUUUCUUCCAUGCAAAGACUAAAAAUGAUGACAUUGACAUUAGCAUUGCUGCCUACUAUUGUCAACACAGAAGCGAUACGGUAUCGAUCUAAGCGCUAUCAUCUCGAGGACACCUUUGACACUGGACGUCUGCUUGUUUGAGCCACGAGGUCAAAUACACAAUUGAUGUUCUAA